AUGGAAUGCUAUAAACUAAGACUCAUCAUAAAUGAUCAGGACAUACGUAAAGUGUCGCUGGAUAGAAAACCGGAAUCUGUUGAAGAGCUGAACAUGAAGAUCAAAGAAAAAUGCAAUCUGCAAUAUGACUUCAGUGUUAUGUAUGAAGACCCUGACUUUGACAAUGCCCUCUGCAACCUUGAUGACAUAGCAGACUUGCCAACUUCAAAAGCUACUGUGAAGGUCAUUCCAUUGCUUACACUGACACUGACACCUGCCUCCGCCACCAGCAUGUCUGAUGCGUCUGAUGAUACAGAGAUUCUGUUCUCACACAGCUCAUCAUCUUUAACAAGACAUGAGAGAUGGCCAGAGGUUUUUGAAAUUCCAAAAUUCUCGGUUGAUGUGGAAUUUAGAUUGAGGCAGGCAAAUCUUGCAUAUCUACGAGACCAAACAUAUUUGAAUGUAUCAAGAGAAAUGAAGCACAGUAUUUUGGAAAAGCUUGCUGAAACAAUUUACAAAUUUGAUGCCUAUCCAAAUGAGGAGCGGAUCCAUUCCGUGGCAUUAGCACUUAUAAACACACAUCCCUGCCUGCAGGAACCAGGAUCACCAGAUGGGUGUUCUGGGUGGAGGAAUAGUCUGAAAUUCAAAAUGGGAAACUAUCGCACUAAAUUGAGAAAAGCAGGCUUUAUAGAGGUUGCUAUAAAUGGAAGCAAAGAAGUUGCUCCACAAAUGGCAUCAAGAGGCCUCAAAAGACCCAAAAGGUAUGAGGUAAAUUACUUGCCGGACCUCCCCAAUGGGCAGAAUGAAGAUACCCUUGAAGCUGAGAGAAAACUUCUGGUUGAAGAAAUGAAAAAACGAAACCCCAGUGCAUCUGUCAUUGGAUUAAAGAUGGACCAGACCUUUCCACCGAGAAGACGGGAGAUUGUGGAGGACAGACCUCCAGUGAAAACACUGAAGGAGCGGUGGCCAGCUCUUUUUACAGAGAGACAAGUGUUUGCAGAGUUUAAUAGGAUAGCCACCACAAACCUACAGAAUAAUUUUUUUGAUGGCUUGGACCACUACACACCACGCUUUGUCACAAUCUUCAAGUCUAAGAAAGGAACUGUUGGAGAGACAUUGGCUGAGUUUGUGCAGCAGACUGAUUUAAGGAAACUCGAUGUGACAGCAAUGCGCACGCUUGUUCUUCAAGGUCUACCUGUUCUACUUGGUGAUGACCCCAGUAACUUCUACAACACCUGCUUUGAUUCUGACAGCAAUGAGGCCUGGGCACAAGUGUCUGUUGGGGUGCUGACAGUCAUCAGUGAGGAUGUGCCUCUCUCUCCAAAUCGUCUCCACCUUGACCCGGUGUCUACUGCCAUCAUUGUUGAAGGAGGUGUUGUAAUGGACAAUCUACAGAACCUACCCCAAGCAAUGUGCCUCUUGUUUGGGUUGUCAUAUGCUUUACACUUGGACUACCCUAAAGCAAUGAAAAACACUUUUAACUUCAUUCAGAGAGUGAUGCUAGGCUUGGGCGAGAACAAACUCUCACCAAAACUACAAAGUCUUAAAAAUCUCCUGUUGAGUAAAAAUUAACUGAUCAAAAGUCAUCUUUGGCAUUAGAUCUCACAUUUUGAGAUGGUCGAUUAUACAUUUUAAUUUAGUUAACUAAAGGCAUU